AUGGAAACCGAAGUAAACAUCCUCAACUGGCCUUCCUCGAUAAUGCUUGUCAAGAGAAAUGGCGACCUUUUGGAUCACACCGUGUAUCGAAACCCACUCGAACAGACCUGGUACUUACACAAACUAUCAAAUCACCAUCAAGCCAAAAACAGGGGGAUUAUCGGAACAUUAGCAAAUAGGGCAAGACGUAUCUGUGCUAAUGAUUUACAUCAAGAGGAACUAAGUCAUUUAAAUAAAGCCUUUCUUGCCAAUGGCUAUAAUGACAGAGAAAUAAAGGCGGCGCUGGCACCUAGGGAGAGGAGAGACCUGACGCCAAUGAACAGGAAAACAUCAUUAAUAAGGCCUUCCUUCCAUAUGUUUCCCAGGUCUGCCGAUAGGAUUUCGGUAAAGUUCUCAAGAAGCAUAACAUCAAAACCAUAUACAAACCUACCGAAAAAUAAGGGACUGCUUAAGACCAGCAAAAGACAAAAGAGAACCAUUAUCCUCUGCAGGGAUCUACCAUAUACCUUGUUCUGCGGUAGCGUAUAUAUUGGAACUACCAAACGCUCAGUAGGAACGAGACUUACGGAACACAAGAGAAACUGCAGAUUAGGGCAAACAGAGAAGUCAGCCGUAGCAGAACAUGCUCUAAGAGAUGGUGAUCACAAAAUCCAAUUCGAAGACACCCAAGUCAUUGCCACAACAUCUGGAUAUCAUCCUCGUCUGGUCACAGGGAAGCUGUUGAAAUUCACAAACAUCCAAAUAAUUUCAACAGGAAGGAAGAAACUUUCUACCUUAACAGAAUUUGGCAUCAGCUAUAUCUAG